AUGGAGUCUUGCGUUACCGACAACUACGAUCCUAAAUUUAAGAUUGGCGAUGGCGGCUUUUCCCAAGUCUUCUUUGCACUGCAUCGAAAGACUUGUGCGCGCGUAGCAAUCAAAAUGAUUUCCAAAAGAGACCAUAAUGAAGAUGGUAAACAAUUGGAUAGAAUUAAUCGCGAAAUCAGCAUAUUGAAGAGUGUGAAACAUCCUUUCAUUUCUGAACUCUUUGAUGUCAUAGAGACUAGCGAAAAUACUUAUUUGAUAAUGGAAUACAUCCAAAACGGUACACUGCUCAACAGCAUCAAUGAAAACGGCCCUUACAAUGAAGAAGAAGCAGCCACAAUAUUUGCCCAAUUAAACCUUGUCCUCCAAUAUUUACAAACAAAUUGCAAGGUUGCACACAGAGAUAUUAAGGCAGAAAAUAUAAUGUUUGAUGCUCAUCAUAACAUUAGAUUAAUCGAUUUUGGUCUUAGUAUACAAGAGAAGUCAAUCAUGAACACACAAUGCGGCUCUCCAUCAUACGCAUCUCCAGAGAUGAUACUUGGCAAGCCUUAUGGCUACGCUUCUGAUAUAUGGAGCUGUGGUGUUUUACUCUUCAUUAUGGUUGUCGGUCAUUUACCUUUUGAAGAUGUGAAUAUUACGCGUCUUGCACAGAAGAUCCUCUAUCAGGAAGUUGAAUAUCCAACAAAUCUGUCUGAUGAUUUGAUUGAUCUCCUUAAGAAAAUGUUAACGAAGGAUCCUGAAGAGAGAAUCACCUUAGAAGGUGUUAUAAAUCAUAAAUGGGUCCAUGAUAAGGUAUUGUAUGUUCAAGAUAAGAUUAAGAAUUUUCAAUAUGACGAUAAGUACAUCUUCGACAAAAUGUUGAACAUCAAGUCGACAGAUGUUUAUGAGUAUAUCGGACAUGGAUUAGUAAAUCAGAGUACAAUCUCUUAUUGCAUUGCUCGCCGUGAAUAUAUGUCAAAUACAAUUGAAACAAUGAGCAAAGAAGAGAAGAAAAGACUUAUGCAUAAGCAAAAUGCUUAUAAAGAUAUUGUUGCUCUUCCGAGACUCUUAGUUCCGGAAAAGGCAAAAUCUGGCGCAAAAAGAAAAUCUCUCCCCAACGGAACGCCGAAUAUCAAUGUUAAUACUGUUUUCAUUAGAAGGAAAAUGCCCAGUGUUCUUGUGCGGAAUAUUUGA